CAUGUAAUUAUUUUUGGUUUUCGGGUAUAAUCCUCAUACUUCCAUGUACAGAUGUUUGUCAAGGUUGAUCUUAGAACGGUUACCUGUAACAUUCCUCCACAAGAGAUUCUCACAAAAGAUGCUGUUACUACCCAAGUUGAUGGCAUGCUGUACUACAGGAUCCAGUGCUGUCAGAGCUGUUGCUAACAUCACUGAUGUCCAUUCAGCUACCUUCCUCUUGGCACAGGCAACCCUGAGAAACGUUCUGGGUACACAGACCUUGGCUCAGCUCCUGGCAGGCUGUGAGGAAAUUGCACGCAGUACCCAGGUUAUCCUCAACAAUGCUACAAAGCAGUGGGGAAUCAAAGUGGCUCGUGUGGAGAUCAAAGAUGUCAGGAUUCCUGUGGCCAUGCAGAGGGCCAUGGUGGGCAAAGCAGAGGCUGCUUGAGAGACAAGAGCUAAGGUGAGAUCCA